CAGUGACCCGAACCAGGAUGUUCAAAAUUCUAGCCAAUACCAUCGGUUUUCUGUCUCUAACUCUUCGCUUGACUCAGAAUCAGAAUAAAUGAAUAAAUUCCAAAGCUGCGCAUCCAGUUUUCCUUUACUCCGAUACCAAAGGAAAAUCCUGGAAUCCAUAUAGCUUUAGAUUAUUUUAACAGAGGACAUUCACUUCGAAACCCCUUCCUAUAACUGUAGGAGGGGAUACAUACAUGGAGGCUAAGGAUGUAUCCUUCUGUACUUUUGCGAAUCGCUCCUCAACAAGUGAAUUCCCACUAGGAAUGGUGGGGCUUGUCUUUCAAUCGAGUUUUCUUCUCAUCUAUAACCUUUUCUUAUCGGGAAAGGUGGCAUCUGGAUGAUCCAAAAUCGACUAAGAAAACCACUCUGUGGUUGCCACUGGGCAUCACGUGACCUAACUGAGCUUUUCUUGUUUUUGAACUGUUCGACCAGCUUGACAUUUAACCAGCUGUACGCGGUUCGAUUCUUUUUUUGGCUUAUUUUGCACAGCCUGUUGCGUUCAUCCGUUGGAAAAUGUACUGUACAACUGAUAUGGCGAUGCAAAAGUUUCAUGUAGUCGUUACCAUCCGGCACCAAGGUUUUCAAGAAAAACAUCCAGAUAGUGAUCCAUCAUGUCCACCGCUUAUAUUUGUUAUGGUUCAAUGCGAAGACGUUUUAACCCGGCUUUAUCUUCUGCUGCUCAGAAUAAGCUCAUCCAGAAAUACUCAUAAGGGAUGACCGCCAAAUCUAUAUUGUAUGGGGAUGAAAGGCGCUAGCAUAUUCCAUUUUAAAGGUUGGAAACAGCGAAUAUCCAACCACUACUGAGAAUACUACUGAUUCCUGUUAAACCCUCAACUUACACGAAAAAUCAAUGGUUACAGAAUGCGGUCCUUGUUUUAUCAGCAUCACGUGAAUAGUCUAUCUACACGCAAGUGAUGGUCUCAAAUAUGGGCGAAAAAUCUCAUGUUGACGGGCCUUGAAGAUGCUGCCGUGGUUAGGCCAGAGAACAUCUAGUUGGAAUAACAUUCAGGUAUGGAUCAAGGGCUUUUUUCUGCCUCCGGCACCUCCAACUUCCUCCUCAGCCUCAUCAGAAUUGAGCUUUUUUAUUCCAGGGUGCAUUUGGCUUUCACUUGACUGACAUUGUCAACCCAUGUAGGCAGUCUGGAGUGCCGUUACUCAUUAAUAUCAGUUCGGUACCACAGCCCUCUUCCCCUGGUUUUCCAUAGGUCAUCGUAAGUUGCGGAUACCGAAUGUGACACGCCUAGUCUGUUGCGUACUGCAAUAUUCGGUUCAACAAGUUUGCUGGUCUUCUCUGAAUGGGUCGACAAUUAUCAUUUAUUUACGGUUGGGUUGAAUCUAAAGGGCUUUGAGCUCCUUAUGGUUUCCAGUGCUUGCUAUGGAUGCCAGUGUGUAUUGAUCGCAAUUCAUCUCCACCACUUCUGACUUGCUGUACAUAUUAUCAUUCGUUUUGAAGCCGGAGGGAGUUUUUCGUGCUGCGUUGAUGCUGACUGUCUGAUUCAUUCUCGCAUUCAAGUUCAGAAACGGUAGAUAAGGAAUACUCAAGGUGAUUGACUCAGCUCAAACUAAAUCUUUGCGGGCAUCGUUGUGGUAUGCAGGUUUCCUAAAGGGGACAUAUACUUUCGUCUAAGUUUAAACAUAGUUUUGUGGGACCACCUUGUGGUUCCCAAAUUAAGUGCGGUGUUUUAUUACCCUCUUGACUUUGCCAGCGUCAAGCGUUUUGGAAGUCAUAUUAAACUUCUUGAGUAAUCGUAAUAUAUAGUACAGCCCUCUGCCGACGGGCGGCAAGCUGGGUCUUCCAGGCGUGGGAACUCCGACAUGCUUAACCUGCCCCGGUUUGACAGUAUGUUUUUUAACCGCAUAUUACAAUUUCGAAUAUCACUUGGUUUCUGGUAAAUUGUCUCCCUCGCUAGGAUCGUGAUAAAUUUUAGGAUAGGUCACUGUACAACCUAGAAAUUAUUUUAGUAAGUUUUUCGCUGGCUGAUCAUCACACCUGUAAGAGACUAAGAAACAUAGGUCCCAUAAAUCUUUGUGAAACCCAUAGUUACUUAGUUCAACAUUUUCUAACACGUAGUUUCAGGGUUUAGGAAAGAGAGGUCCCUUAUGGGACCUCAGAAAUGAGUUUGGUGCAGUGAACUAUAUUUCCCGUCCUACUCACAUGGCCGAGUUUUCACUGAGUGUCUACGGCUUCACUCACACUAACCACAAGCGUGUGUGGUCCGUCGCGAAGUGGCCACCGACUGCAAUUUUUCCGGAAAAAAUCACAGUAGACAUUGUCUCCAACCUUGACACUGGUUCUCCAUUAGGCAGAAUAUAGUAAAUAUGGCUUUACUACAGUAUACAACACCAGGUAGUGUCUUCAUCAAUCAUUUGUUUGAAGUGUUCGUUUUUUAUGUUACAUUUCUAUAACCGUGUUUAACCGUGCUGCAUCAGUCACAUACUUGAUCUGAUCAAAGAAGAGGCAUUUUACCGAGCAAAUCACAAACUUAUACACACUUGACCACUUGAGUUGAUCGGUUAACAAAUAAAAGCACGUCGCGAUUUCUGAUGGCCGCAAGGCGUUUUUGCUUUGCUUCGAUUAAUUCCAUCCUAUUCACCUUGCUUUCUCUCUACUAAUCCCAAAACUUAUAUGGCCUCAUUCCCACCACCAUCAACCAUCCACAUCCACACAUUAUCUGGUUCACACACAUGCGUAUCUCUACUGGCUCCCAUCUGGUGACUGAUGUUCAGCCGGAGAACGAGGACAGAUUAAAACAAUUGCAACUAAUGGAAUUGGCUGUACUCAACGACAAGGACCGGCAACAAGCCCAGGCACACCAGGCGCAGCAACAGCAGCAACAACAGCAACAGCAGCAACUGCUUCUACAACAUCAAUCGUUGUUGAGUAACCCAGCUGCUGCAGCUGCAGCUGCGGCCCAACUACUCCACACAUCAUCUUCGGCUCAAACAACAUCUCAGCUGCUGGCGCGUCUACAGGCCUCUCCAAUCGGUAUUUCUUCGUUGAAUGCGGCUGCGUUACAGCUCAAUCCGGGCAUCGCUGCUGGUAUAACCGGUUCUACAGCAGCCUUACAGGCUGCGGCGGCAGCUGCCGCGGCAGCAGCAGCCGGUGGGUCCGGUGCUGCCCUGCCAUUUAGCACAAUGACAAGCCUAGCUUCCUAUUUAUCUAGUCCAGGGCUCACUGCAUCUCCCAUACAAGCUGCUAGUGCGAGUAACUUAGGGACCGCCACGGGUGGCAGCGCUAUCGGCUUGCCACUGUCUCAGCUACCUUGUACAACGGCCACUGGAUUAGGGUUUUCAACUUUGCCAUUCUCUGUCAACCCUGGCCUACCAACUUCGGGCUCUACAAAUCUAAUAAACUGUACCCCUGGAUCAGCACAGGAUCAAUACACUGCCCUAGCGGCCGCCCUCCUGUCGGGUGGCACAAACAACACUUCAAACAACAACACGGCAGCUGCACAAAUGUCAAAUGGGAAAGUUCCUGUAUCUGCUGGUUCGUCCAAGCCCUCUACUUCAUACUAUCCGAUGACCAGUUUGGCCUCCUCUUUGGUUGACCCAGUAACCAUCAUCGAGUAUAAUUCAGCUAACUCUGUAGCUGCAGCCCAGGAAAUGGCAUCUGAUUCCUUAAAACUACGAUCAAUUUCAUCUGGUCAGAACCGAAUGCAUCCAUAUCUACGGUAGAUUAUCUUGAUAUCAUUCGCCUAUGAUGAUGCGAUACUGUCUGCUUGCUACAACAUAUCUACUCAGUGAUUCUGCCCAUUUUUCUAGGCUUUUUUGCUCCACUGAACCCGUUACAUGCAAUACUCACUCCGUCUCCAGCGCUGUGAAUACAUUCUACAGUGAUACGUGCAUAACGUCUUCCCGAAUCUUAUGACUUUCAAGUGUCCUUUUCUUUAAACAUUUUACUGUCCUUCAAGGCGCCUGUCAUUUGUAUCUUGAAUCAGUAUUAACAUUCUUUUAAGUUGUGACCCGCGGAGGUAUGCAGGUUUUCAGUGUACCAUGACAAGACCAUCCCUUAUUCUUUUUUACCCCUCUCGCUUUUCCUUCUAUUGUUCUCAUAACUGCUGUACAUAUCUUUAUUAAAGCAGUCAAAUCCUCACCUGAUAUUUACCGCUGACAUGACGACUGUUUUGUUCACAAAUCCACUGCUGUUUCUUGUUUUUCUACUUUAUUUUUUAUACAAGGAAACCGUGAUACUUUCUACUUUCCGAACCGUUUUCUCAUGACGAGGCCCGCUCAAAUGACACUGUGAAAUGUCAUACUUUGUCCUUUUGACAUAAAUGAUUUUCCAAGGGUGUUGUCCACUGUGAGCCGACUCAAGCACUCACUUCCAUGACUACUCGAUACGUUCCUCAAUAAACAGUCUAUUUACUCUUUUCCACGCUGCUUUGUAACACUGGACAAGUAUCUUUCUUACCGCAGUGUUUCUCUAUUAAUCGGUUAAUGGUCCAGAAAGCAAAUUCUAUCGUGUUUUGAAUUUCCGAUAGUUGCAACUGAGGAGCGGCGGCCAUGCGUUGUAAGCUUUUCUGCUACGUUAAACCACUUUUUAGCGAUUGUAAUAGGAUUUUCGACCCGUAAAUCUGCGUUCAUUUAUUAGAUGUCGGC